ACAAUACGAUUAAUCGCGAUGGGUUUCAAGAUAUUUGUGGUGGCGAUUAUGGUCGUCGUUUCCCUUGUAGCGGCGCAGAUUUCAUCGGCAUCCACUGUUCCUGCUUUUCUAUGGUUUCCGGGCUUCUCUAGCAAAGAACGAAAGGAAUCUGUACAUUAUCAGACCAUGUCUCCGAAGGAUCUAGCUAAUUCUGUUCUCUCUCAAGGGGGCUGGUCUGACUUACUGUGCUCCGAUAGGAAACUCGAGCGCCAUGUUGAUCUCGCCAUUGUUUUUGUUGGUAGAGAGUUGCACUCUUCAGAUGUUGCAGGAAACAAACAUGUGGAUCCAGCUCUUUUGAAAUUGCUUAAGGCGUCUUUUACCAGGUCCAACUUUUCAAUGGCAUUUCCAUAUGUAGCUACCUCUGAGGAGGAAACAAUGGAGAAUUUGUUGGUUUCAAGUUUUAAGGAAGCUUGUGAGCAUGGUUUGGGAGUGAGUAAUGUUGCAUUUUCGGAAUCGUGCUCUAUAGACAGUGGAGAUUUCCAGAAACUUGCAAACUUGCAAACUUGCAAACUUGAUCAUCUAGUUUCAAGGAUGGAAAAGAGAACAAAGGGGGAGACUGAUUUGGUUGUUCUAUGCCAUGGAGGCUUUCAAUCUCUGAAAGAGCUUGAUCAAACAUUCCCUGAGAGUGAGAUUUUGAAUGAAGUUAUGAGUUCAGUUGAGCAAUCUGGGGCAAAAUAUGCAGCUCUUUAUGUUUCCGAUCCUUUUAAAUCCAUCCACUAUCCCGGUUAUAAAGAGCUUGAAAGGUUUCUUGCUGAAGAUACCCCAAAGAAUGCUUCAGCCACUGCCCAAGUCUGCGAUGAGGUUUGCAAGCUAAAAUCGUCGCUCCUAGAGGGAGUUUUAGUUGGAAUCGUGUUGCUUUUAAUUUUAGUGUCAGGCCUUUGCUGCAUGAUGGGCAUCGAUACACCAACAAGAUUUGAGGCUCCGCAAGAUAAUUGAUUGUCUGUUUGGUGCAACCGAGCAUCUUAAUGUUGCAAUAAGGCUUCUGUCCUUAUCGUAUCUAGGAGUUCCUUCUCUGAAACUGCACAAGACCAUCUAUGGCCUUAAAUAAGCACCACAAGCUCGGUAUCGAGAGUUAAGUAGUUUUCCUCUGCAAUAUGAUUCAGAACUCAGUUUCACAUGUUUGUUUAUUCAUCUGUGUUAAGGAUUCCGUCCACGUUUGAUUUCUUGGUUUUUGUGAAUGAUAUUGUAAGUCCUAGGAAAAAAUAAUAUGAUCUGCAGUCUAUUUUUGCAACAAUUAGCUCAUAUGUUAGUCUUAAAAGAUUUUGUUUCUUUGAAUUA